GGCAUUUAAUGCUUCAACACAUUUAUUGUAAACAACGUAAACAGAAACACGAGAGUCAACUAAAAAAAAAAAAUACGAGCGAAAUUCUUACCUGUCAAAGACAGCUUUUCGAGUUCCGUUCUGAAAAAAAGUAGCACUUUUUCGCGCGAAAAAUGUGACUGCAUUAUUUUAUCUGUGCAUUUUCUGUUUAGUGUGUUUGUAUAUGUGUGCGUGUUUUUUUUAAAAAUAAAAAUUACGAACAUUUUUUUUUUGUUCUCUAUAAGCGACCAACUGACAUUGAAACUGCUUUUUGGCCGGUCCCGAAAUCACGGAACGAUAUUUUGAAAGAAGGCCAUUAAAAACGUAUUAAAGAAUUGUUGUCAUUAUUAUACACUUUAUUGCUCGAAACGUCCGUGAUAUAUUUGUACAUUCUGAUUGAGAGUGGACGUGUUUUGUAAAAUAAAAGUGAAUUAAAAAAAAAAACAACAUGAAAGACUUAGUUCAAAUUUGGAACAAAGUGACGAAUCGAAGGUAUUCGGCGGACAAGGAAAUGAAGGACCUGACGAAUAAUCGAUUGAAAAGAAUAGAGAUUGAGAAAUCGAAUAUCGAAUGCGAUUUUUCGGAGUGCGAGGGACUUAAUAAUUUUGAGGAUAUCGAUUUUAAUGAGAAAAAGGAUGCGAUUAUUAAUAGACUAUUCGAGAGGCGGAAACAGGGUCAAGUCGCCAGGCAACCGAAAUGUCUGUUCAUCCUUCUUAUGCUGGGAUUUAUAGCACUCUCAAUAGGAUGCUUUAUACUGUUCGUUAAGCCCUACAACUUUCUGUUUAAUCAGAAAGUCCUUCUGCAGGAUGGGGGCGAAAUCUUCGAGAUGUGGAGGAAACCUGAAGUCCAGCUUUAUACGAGAGUCUUUCUGUUCAACGUGACUAAUUCUGAAGAGUACCUGGCUGGGAAGGAUGAGAAAAUUAAGCUCCAGGAAGUCGGGCCUUACGUGUACAGAGAAGCUUUGGAACACAAAGUUCAAAGCUUCAACUCGAACGGUACGUUGUCAGCGAUUCCCCUGCAUCCUCUGACUUGGGUGGAAGAGAUGUCCGAGGGCCACAGAGAGGACGACAUCGUGUAUAUGCCGCACAUAGCUCUACUGAGCAUUGCAAACGUAGUCUCCCAGCAGAAUUUAUUCGCGAGAUUCGGCUUAAACAAUCUGAUUACGUUGACAAACAGCCAGCCCUUGACGAAAAUGACGGCCAAAGAGUUCAUGAUGGGCUAUAAGUCCGAGCUGAUGACCCUGGGCAACACCUUCCUCCCGAGAUGGAUUUAUUUCGACAAGCUCGGCCUGAUCGAUCGGAUGUAUGACUUCGAUGGAGACUUCGAGACGGUCUACACAGGCGAAACUGAUAUCAGACUCUCCGGCCUCAUCGACACGUACCGCGGCUCCACCGACCUGCCGCAGUGGGAGGGGAAGCACUGCUCAAACGUGCAGUACGCGUCUGACGGCACCAAGUUCAGGGGUGGCGUCACCAAAAACGAAACCUUGCUGUUCUAUAGGAAGAGUCUGUGCCGAGCUGCUCCUUUGAUCCCUAGCGAGGAGGGCGUCAGAAGCGGCAUAAGGGGCGUGAAGUACGUCUUCCCGGAGCACAUGCUCGACAACGGCAAACAUAACGAAGAGAACAAAUGCUUCUGCAGGAAUGGAAAAUGCCUCCCAGAAGGACUGAUCGACGUGGCGGACUGUUACUACGGUUUCCCGAUAGCUCUGUCCUAUCCCCACUUCUACAAAGGAGACGACGUCCUCUUCAGCAAAGUCGAAGGGCUGACGCCCAAACAGGAGGAGCAUGAAACCAGUUUCUGGAUUCAGCCGGAAUCGGGUCUGCCUCUGGAGGUCAGCUCCAAGUUCCAGAUAAACAUGGCACUCGGUAGCAUAUCCAGCAUCACGAACACGGAAAGAUUCUCCAAUAUGUACCUACCGAUGCUCUGGUUCGAUAUCAGAAUGUACUCGCUUCCACCUUCACUGGAGCAAAGAUUCAAACUAUACCUAAACAUACUGCCAAUAGUCGAGCAAGCGGCGAUGUAUAUCAUGUUCAUCACCGGAGCUGUCCUCGUCAUCACCACCAUCUACAUACUCAGCUUCAAGGUGAUGUUCAAGAACUUCGAAAAGAACAAGGACGCUUGGCUCGAGAAGGCCAAGCUGAAUGAUGGAGUGUACGCACCCUGCGAGAUACCACUCUCGGAGAGCGACUCCGAUGAAAUGAUCAAAUUAAACAUCAAAUUAAAUGACAGGCUAUACGAAACCGUCAACAGCGUCAAGGACAAACUGACAGAAAUGGCGCACGUCAAAAACUUGUUCGACAGGAAGCCGUCUCUAAAAGAUUCAAGUCAAACGUCAAAAGCUUACGAGAUCAUAAAUCAGACGGACAGCGACGAGGACUUCAAAUACCUUGAGGUCAUCGAAGACGGAGAGCUGGAGGGCUGUGACGUCAGCCUGGGCGGCUCGCAGCGAAUGAGGAACCUCAAAGACUUGGAUGAGAGGAACAACGAAUUAAGCUUACACAUAUCGGAUUGAGACGCGGCGAAUGCGGAAAGUCGUUAAGAAUCUGGCUUUUUACAUCGUUGUUCUCACGAUAAAUACGGCGCGUGUACUUAUGCACGAAACGAUCGGAACGUGGUGUGAUUAAUGCGUGUUUCGCCUGUGCAAUAUCAGUUAUUACACAAAAAAAAACAAUAGACCUUUAUUAAUUUAUUUAAUACUAGCGACCCGCCCUCGCUUCGUUUCGGAAACAUUAAAUUUUAUUAUUGAUAGCUGAGU